UCGCUUUCUGAAUCGGAACCGAGUGGAGUUGAAUCGGAUAGGAAUGAAAAGAUUCUGAUCCUUACUUAAUCCUCUGGAUAAUCCAGUCUAACCAACUGCAGCGUUUUUGUCGCUUAAUCUCACUUUGGAAGAACAGCACGCGCUCCUCGAUCCAGAGAGGAGCCAUGGAGCUGUCGGGUUCCGUCGCCUGCCCCACGGCGGCUCAGGCGCGGCUGCUCCGGCCGCCGGCUGAUCUUCGCCGGCUCGCCUCGCCUCCUCAAAGGUGCAAUGUCCCUGCCUCUUCAGGAUACACAUCUUGUAGGAGUUUCGCCGUGAGAAGCAAAGUGACCAAGGCAAUGCCCUCACUGAGUGUGAGCUUUCAGCCCGCAUUUCGUCAGCCAGUUACUCGGGCUACAUGGAAGAAGAAGCACAAUAUUGCAUGCUAUCAGAGACAAGGAGCUCCACAGAUAGAAGCCAAGUCAAUGGAGGAAGUAUAUGAUGCUUUGGCUGAGCACCUUCUUUCUGUCUCGAAGAGUAUCGAUAAUCUUGAUUCAAAAUAUAUUGUUGGUCUGGCUGGCCCACCUGGUGCAGGCAAGUCUACUGUUGCCUCUGAAGUGGUUCGACGCGUCAAUAUGCAUUGGUCUCAGAAGCAUGCAAAAGAUGAUUCACCGAAUUCAAAUGAAGAUAUUGCGACAAUGCUUCCCAUGGAUGGUUUCCACCUUUACCGAUCCCAGCUUGAUGCAAUGGAGGAUCCAAAAGAAGCACAUGCAAGAAGAGGAGCACCAUGGACAUUCAGUCCAUCACUUUUUCUGAAAUGCCUACAGACCCUAAAGGAAGAGGGGUCAGUUUAUGCUCCAUCAUUCGAUCAUGGCGUUGGUGACCCAGUUGAGAAUGACAUAUUUGUAAAGCCGCAGCACAAAAUAGUGAUCGUCGAAGGGAAUUAUUUAUUACUGGAAGAAGAUGUUUGGAGGGAAAUUAGAGACAUGUUCGAUGAGAAAUGGUUCAUUGACAUUGACAUCGAUGUCUCCAUGCAAAGAGUGCUCCAGAGGCAUAUUGGCACAGGGAAAGAGCCAGAUGUAGCAGCAUGGCGGAUUUCGUACAAUGACCGGCCGAAUGCUGAGCUUAUCAUGGAGUCAAAAAGGGCUGCAGAUCUUGUAAUCAGAUCGGUGGACUACUCAAGCUAGACCCCAUGUUUCUGAUGGCAAUUUUGAUUUUCGGUAAUAAUAGUUGCUCUAUCGCGAUGUUUGUACAUAGAAUAAGUCAGCUGGCUGUUUCCAUCCGUGGUGAUUUAGCACAUAGAAUAAGGUAUUCUCCCAUCAAUUUGUUCUCGAGGAGUAACUCAAUAAAUGACACCCUUCAAGUAUCUAAUCAUUAUUAUCAUUUUAUCUUAACAUUCCUAUUUGUAACUUUCCUGUCUGUAUACAGUUCUGAAUCCAUAAAGUUACAGUGAUAAUAAAUGGCUGUAGUUUGCAAAUC